UACAUUAGGGUCCAGCCUAGCAAAAGGGGGCUAAUCAGAAAACAGGAAGAGGAAUUGGACAACGAUUGGGGAUUGGGGAUUGGGGUGAUUUGUCUUGUCUAAUUCCACAUCGGUGGCGCCGUCGGAACUUGAAUCUUCUUAUUCUUUCCCCUCUCUACCCAGUCAAGGUUUACGAUUCUUCAUCUCCUCACUUUUCAAUUGCUGAUUCUUAACCCAACAACCAAUUUCUUUGUUAGAUUACGACUUCCAAUUAUGGGGAAUUGCUUUACUAAGGCGCAUAAUGAUAUGGAUGAGUCUGAUCACAAAGUUGAUUUUACUGGUGGAAAUGUGCAUCUCAUCACAACCAAGGAAACUUGGGAACAAAAGCUUGAUGAAGCAAAGAGAGAUGGAAAGCUUGUAGUAGCCAAUUUUAGUGCUGCAUGGUGUGGCCCUUGUAGAGUAAUUGCACCUUUCUAUGUCGAGCUGUCUGAGAAACACCCUUCGGUUAUGUGCCUCACAGUCGAUGUAGAUGAACUUACGGAUUUUAGCACAUCAUGGGAUAUAAAGGCAACUCCGACCUUCUUCUUCCUUAAAGACGGUCAACAAAUCGACAAACUUGUGGGUGCAAAUAAGCCAGAACUAGAGAAGAAGUUGAUUGCUGUACUAGAUUCAGUCGCCCCACCAUGUCAAACGUAGUUUCUUUGGCUCGGAUCCUGCAAUCGAGCUCAAGAAAUCAGCAGAUCUUCUCUUUUCCUUGUGAUUAAGGACGUAUAAAUUUGUAAAUCCAAGAAUGGUAAUGUUUUGUGCAUGUAUGUGUGAUAUGUUAUAUAAGAGUGUAUUUUUUCCUAAAA